AUGGAUGACCUCCAGUCCCUGGAGCUCUUUUCGCUCGUUUCGCGAAUCACGGGUGAGCUCCAGAAUCACUUAGGCGUCAGUGACAAAACACUCGCUGAGUUUGUGAUCGAUCAGCAUCUAUCAUGUGGCUCGUUCGACGAGUUCAAAGGGAAGUUGGAGGCGAUGGGUGCGGAAUUCCCGCAGAGUUUGAUGGAGAGUAUCGAUCGCCUGGUUCUUACGAUGCACCCGAAAUACAAGGCGGAGAAAGCAAAAGCCACCCAGGAGGAGGCAGGAGCGGAUGGGGAUAUGGAUGUUCUUGAUGCUCUCGAGAAGAAGGCCCGGGUUUUCAAGGGACUUGCUGUUCCUGACAAGCAACAACACUGGGACGAAGACGACCACAUUCGAAGCAAGGAUGUCCAUGAGAGUGACGCAAAGGCGGAAGCUAUGGACGACACAUUUGCGAUGCUGGAAGGACUCGCAGGAAAGGCUCGGGAAGAUAAGGGUCGGUCGACACGAGAGGAGCGGACUAGCAGAAAGCGAAGCAGAAGCCCGGAUUACGAUGGCUACAGUCGGGGCCGUAGGCGCGAAGCCGGAUACCGCUCGCGGUCACGAUCGCGCAGCCCUUACUACAAAAGAAACGGCGACGAAGUGGACGAAUUCGGCCGGUCAACGAGCAAAUACGGUGCCAGGGACGACGCGUAUCGUAACGGACGCAGCGAGCGACGGAGGCGUCGCGACGAAGAUGACGACUAUUUCCGCAAGCCCCCUCCAGUCGAAUUGGACGAUCAGCCCAUACUCUACAAGGUCUAUGACGGGCGUGUAACUGGAGUCAAAGAUUUUGGUGCCUUUGUGAAUCUCUUGGGGGUAAAGGGCAAAGUCGACGGUUUGGUCCAUGUCUCUGCAAUGCAGGAAGGGGCACGAGUUAAUCAUCCCUCCGACUUGGUGUCCAGGGGGCAGCCGGUCAAGGUCAAAGUCAUCACUAUACAAGGUUCGCGCAUUGGCCUCUCGAUGAAGGAGGUGGACCAAAUUACUGGCCUUGAUCUCGUCCCUCAAAAGCGCCUCGCAUCGGGUGCCAACAUGGAGCGUCUCGAAGGUGUUUCCGGCAAUGACAGAUACGGAAACUUAAGUUCGGAUGUGCCAGUCUUAGAGGAUUCAAAUGGGAAGCAGAUGAGAAAUCGGAAACGAUUGACGUCUCCUGAAAGAUGGGAGAUUAAACAACUCAUUGCAUCUGGUGCUGUUUCUGCAGCCGACUAUCCUGAUAUUGAUGAAGAGUACCAUGCCACAUUGACCGGAGAGGGUACAUUCGAGGAAGAAGAAGAUAUCGACAUUGAGGUUCGAGACGAAGAACCUCCCUUCCUGGCUGGCCAGACGAAGAUGUCCUUGGAGCUUUCUCCCAUCAGAGUCGUCAAGGCCCCCGACGGCUCUCUUAACCGCGCUGCAAUGGCAGGUACCAACUUGGCCAAGGACAGGAGAGAACUGCGUCAGCAAGAGGCUCAAGAUAAGGCCGCAGAACAAGCAGCCGAGGUUGAUCUCAGCGCACAAUGGCAAGAUCCCAUGGCUGCGCCAGACCAGCGGAAAUUCGCAGCUGAUCUACGAAAUGCCCAUCAAUCUAAGCCUGACGAUGCGGUGCCUGAGUGGAAAAGAGUCACUAUGGGCAAGAAUCAGUCUUUCGGCAAGAGAACGAGUAUGUCAAUUAAGCAGCAGCGGGAGAGUCUGCCGGUUUAUAAAUUCCGCCAACAGCUACUCGACGCUGUUCGCGAUAACCAAUUGUUGAUUGUUGUUGGAGACACUGGGUCAGGAAAAACAACUCAAGUGACGCAGUACCUAGCGGAGGCUGGGUACGCGAACAACGGCAUGAUCGGAUGUACACAACCGCGACGUGUGGCGGCCAUGUCUGUCGCCAAACGUGUAGCAGAGGAAGUCGGCUGCAGGCUGGGUGCAGAGGUCGGGUACACGAUUCGUUUCGAAGAUUGCACGAGUCCGGAAACGAAGAUCAAGUACAUGACGGACGGAAUGCUCCAAAGAGAGGUCUUGCUCGAUCCUGAUCUGAAGAGAUACUCUGUGAUCAUGCUGGAUGAAGCCCACGAACGGACGAUCGCCACUGAUGUUCUUUUCGGGCUACUGAAGAAAACGAUCAAAAGACGGCCCGAUCUCAGACUCAUCGUUACUUCAGCCACUCUGGAUGCCGAAAAGUUCUCCGAAUACUUCAACAAGUGUCCGAUUUUCUCGAUUCCCGGCCGUACCUACCCGGUCGAGGUCAUGUAUUCGAAAGAGCCUGAACCUGAUUAUUUGGAUGCGGCUCUCAUUACUGUCAUGCAGAUUCAUUUGACAGAACCGGCUGGAGAUAUUCUUCUGUUCUUGACGGGACAGGAGGAGAUUGACACUGCCUGUGAGAUUUUGUACGAACGAAUGAAAGCCUUAGGCAAGAGCGUACCCGAGUUGGUCAUUCUUCCGGUCUAUUCUGCCCUUCCUAGUGAGAUGCAGAGCAGAAUCUUCGAACCAGCACCGCCUGGCGGAAGGAAAGUUGUCAUUGCGACAAACAUCGCCGAGACAUCUAUUACGAUCGAUAAUAUCUAUUAUGUCAUUGACCCGGGCUUCGUGAAGCAGAAUGCCUACGACCCCAAGCUUGGUAUGGAUUCUCUUGUGGUCACCCCGAUCUCUCAAGCGCAAGCCAAACAACGAGCUGGCCGUGCAGGAAGAACUGGUCCAGGAAAGUGUUUCCGUUUGUACACCGAAGCGGCUUAUCAAUCGGAAAUGCUGCCAACGACAAUCCCUGAAAUCCAACGUCAAAACCUGUCGCAUACCAUUCUCAUGCUCAAGGCCAUGGGUAUCAAUGACCUGCUACACUUCGACUUCAUGGACCCACCGCCGACAAAUACCAUGCUUACAGCUUUGGAGGAGCUUUAUGCCCUUUCUGCUUUGGAUGACGAAGGUCUCUUGACUAGGCUGGGUCGUAAGAUGGCCGACUUCCCUAUGGAGCCGGCUCUCGCCAAGGUUCUUAUUGCGUCGGUAGACAUGGGAUGCUCAGAAGAAAUGCUUAGUAUUGUUGCUAUGCUCUCGAUCCAGUCAGUUUUCUACCGUCCGAAGGAGAAGCAGCAACAAGCAGACCAGAAGAAGGCCAAAUUCCACGAUCCACAUGGUGAUCAUUUGACUCUACUCAAUGUCUACAACGGCUGGAAAAACUCCAAAUUCAACAAUGCGUGGUGUUACGAGAACUUUAUCCAAGCACGUCAGAUACGCCGCGCACAAGAUGUACGCCAGCAGCUACUGGGCAUCAUGGAACGAUAUCACCAUAAGAUCGUCUCAUGCGGUAGGAACACGAUGAAAGUGCGGCAGGCGUUAUGUACUGGAUUCUUCAGAAAUGCAGCCCGUAAGGAUCCUCAGGAGGGUUACAAGACAUUGGUUGAAGGCACACCGGUGUACAUGCAUCCCAGCUCGGCUUUGUUUGGCAAGCCGGCCGAGCAUGUUAUCUACCAUACCCUGGUACUUACCACGAAGGAAUACAUGCAUUGCACUACCGCUAUCGAGCCGAAAUGGCUGGUCGAGGCAGCACCCACCUUCUUUAAGGUUGCGCCCACUGAUCGCCUUUCGAAGCGCAAGAAGGCGGAGCGUAUCCAACCCCUGCACAACCGCUUUGCAGGAGAGGAUGAUUGGCGUCUUUCUGCUCAACGCCGCCAGGGAAGGGGUGGUGGAGGAGGUACUUGGGGUUAA